AUGACUUCAAAAUCUCCGUAUCCGGAUUUAAUUAUUCCCGAUAUCGAUCUAUGGGACUUUCUCUUCCAGCGACAGAAUCGGUCAUUUCCAGGUUCUCAGGUGAUUCUGACCGAUGUCCGAACCGGUCGUAGGUAUACAUUCGAUGACUUGAGGAAACUAUCGUUGCAUCUUGGCAGCCGGCUACAAGAACGUCUGCAAUGGCGGACGGGGGAUGUAUUGACAAUUGUCUCCAUGAACGCCAUUGACAUACCACCUAUUAUAUGGGGCACACUUGCUAUCGGUGGGGUGGUCAGUCCUGUGAAUCCAAACUUCUCAGCAACCGAACUGGUACACUAUCUCAAAGUUUCUCAAUCAAAGGCAAUCGUCACACAAAAGUCCCAAUAUGCAAAAGUAGCACAGGCAGCAGAAGGCGCAGGUCUAGCUAAAGACCGGAUUAUAGUCAUCGACGACACCACUGAGUUUUCCGGUGAUAGCAUCUGGCAGCCAGAUCCAUAUCUGAUUCCGGACUACAAGUUUACCUCAGUCCAUAAGUCACCCAUCACUCGCCCAAAAGAGGAAUUGGCCUUUUUGGUCUUUUCCUCUGGUACUACGGGUCUACCAAAGGGUGUUAUGCUUUCUCACACCAACAUUGUUGCCAAUUUAUUGCAGAUGGAAGCUGUAGAUGCCGGCUACUUGGAUUCAACAGAUCGUGCACUAGCCUUUUUACCGUUCUUUCACAUUUAUGAAGUUGACGAAAUUCUUUCCACAGGUAUCACAUGUCUAAUCAAUUAUGGCCUCUUUCUGGGAAUGUCCACCUAUAUCAUGCCCCGAUUUGAUUUGGAGAGUUUCUGCAACGUGGUACAAAACCAAAAGAUCACUUACGUCUAUGCCGUCCCACCGGUCGUGCUCCAAAUCGUGCAAAACCCAAUUGUUGAAAAGUACAAUUUGAGUUCUAUUCGGCUGAUCAAUUGUGCUGCUGCUCCGUUGCCUACGGAGCUCAUUAGAACUCUAAGGACUAAGUUUGGUCUAAGCAUUCGUCAACAAUAUGGUAUGAGCGAGUGCUCUCCUUGUACCCACUCACAGACCAAGCAAGAAGGCGACGAACAUCCCGGCGCUGUAGGACGUUUGGUGCCCAAUGUAACAGCAAAAUACGUCCCCAUCGCCGGAGAAGAGGUCAGACCUGGAAGAGCAGAAGGAGAGCUCUGGGUCAAGGGACCGAAUGUAUUUUUAGGGUAUUUGAACAACCCAGCCGCAACAAAGGAGUCAUUCUCGCGGGAUGGCUUCUACAAGACUGGAGACAUUGGCUAUGAAGACGCCUACGGCAAUUUCGUGCUUACCGACCGGAUAAAAGAACUGAUCAAGUACAAUGGAUUCCAGGUCCCACCGGCUGAGCUUGAGUCUCUUUUACUCGGCCAUCCUGCUGUUGCAGAUGUUGCAGUUGUCGGUAUCCCUAGUGGACAGGCUGGCUCCGAAUUGCCUAGAGCAUACAUCAAAGCGAAGGAAAACAGCCAGGGAGAUCGGAAAACCGCGGAUGAUAUUGUUGAAUAUGUACGAGUCAGAGUGGUUGCCUACAAACAGCUAAGGGGGGGAGUGCAUUUUGUCGACGCCAUCCCUAGGAAUCCUGCGGGCAAGAUUUUAAGGCGAGAACUGACGAAACUGUACACUCACAAACUGUAA